UCGCGAGGCUUGUGGUUUAACACUCGCUUCCCGCCGGAGUCCACAGAGCAAGCUAGUUCCUCCGCUGCUGUUGUUAAUGAAAGAAAAUUCUAAUCCACAGAUAAGCCUUAUCUCCUGAUAGCUCACCUCCAGGAGAUACUACGAGCACUGCCCUACAGAGUGUAAAGUAAAGAAACAGUUGCACAUCGACCUUUCCGCGGCGCACAUCAUCAUUCCCAUACGAAGUAAACUGAAGUUCUACGCCAUGGUGAAUGUGAGGAUGAUGAUGGUGAUGGCCGUUGUGGUGAGCGUGGCGCUGGUUCUCCCCGCCGUGGCUGGAAGCAUACAAGAGAAUG